AUGGCGAGGCCCGUGAGUGGCUCUCUCUCGGGGAAGGUAGUUUUGCCGUGCCACUUCUCCACCAUACCCACUACCAUGCCCACCAUCUACGCCAAUGGCACCACCCCCAGCACCGACUACCUGCGCAUCAAAUGGACCAAAAUUGAAGGGGAAAAGGAAUCCACAGUGCUGGUGGCCCAAAAUGGCAAGAUUAAAAUAGGCUCCACCUACAGGAACCGUGUGUCGGUGCCCAGCCACCCAGAGGAUGUGGGGGAUUCUUCUCUGACCGUGGUGAAGCUCCGAGCCAGCGAUGCCGGCACCUACCGCUGCGAGGUCAUGUACGGCAUCGAUGACACGCAGGACACGGUCAACCUCAAUGUCAACGGUGUUGUGUUUCACUACCGGGCAAGCACCAGCAGGUACACCAUGAACUAUGAGAGUGCUGUCCAGGCCUGCCAAACCAUAGGAGCCUCCAUUGCCACGCCUGACCAGCUGAAAUCAGCGUAUGAGGACGGCUUUGACCACUGCGAUGCAGGUUGGAUCGCAGAUCUGUCAGUUAGAUACCCAAUCACUAGACCGAGACCUGGCUGCUAUGGAAACCUGCAGGGGAAGCCUGGGGUGAGGACAUAUGGACCCCGAAAGGCCACAGAGACCUAUGAUGUGUACUGUUAUGUGGACAAGCUGAAUGGUGAGGUGUACUACGCGCCUGUGACCCAUAAGAUGACGUUUGAGGAGGCAAAGGAGGAGUGUGAGAACAGGAACGCCGUCCUGGCGUCGCCGGGUCAGCUCCACUCCGCCUGGAGACAGGGUCUGGACAGGUGUGACUACGGCUGGCUGGCCGACGGCAGCGCUCGCCACCCCGUCGCGGUACCCAGAAUGCAGUGCGGCGGCGGUCUGCUGGGCGUCAGGACCAUGUAUCGCUACAGGAACCAGACUGGCUUCCCAGAACCCAUCACCCAGCUGGGAGCAUACUGCUUCAAAGGCAUCCACUCCUGCACUGAGAACAUUUGUCUGAACGGGGGCUCUUGUUACAGAAGCGGACGUUUCCAAUCUUGCAGCUGUGCCCCUGGCUACAGUGGGGAUCAUUGUGAAACAGACAUUGAUGAAUGUCAAUCCAACCCCUGUCGCAAUGGAGGUACCUGCAUUGAUGGCCUAAAUUCCUUCACCUGUGUUUGCCUCCCAAGCUAUGCUGGAUUGUAUUGUGAUGAAGACACUCAGACGUGUGACUACGGCUGGCAUAAGUUCCAGGGACACUGCUACAAGUACAUCCCCCAGAGGAGGAACUGGGAUACAGCGGAGAAGGAGUGUCGGGUACAGGGGGCACACCUCACCAGCAUUCUCUCCCAUGAUGAGCAGCAGUUUGUCAACCGUCUUGGACAGGACUACCAAUGGAUCGGCCUGAACGAUAAGAUGUACGAUAAUGACUUCCGCUGGACCGACAGCAUGCCCAUGCAAUACGAAAACUGGCGCCCCAACCAGCCGGACAGUUUCUUCUCAUCUGGAGAGGACUGUGUGGUGAUGAUCUGGCACGAGGACGGCCAGUGGAACGAUGUGCCCUGUAAUUAUCACCUCACCUUCACCUGCAAGAAAGGCACAGUGGCCUGUAAUCAGCCCCCUCUGGUGCAGAAUGCUCAGACCUUCGGCAGGAAGAGGUCACGCUAUGAGAUCAAUGCUCUGGUGAGGUAUCAGUGUAAGGGCGGCUUCAUCCAGAGGCAUGUGCCAACCAUCCGUUGCCGUGGAGAUGGCCGAUGGGACAUCCCCAAAAUUGCUUGCAUGAGUCCAUCAAACUCCCAAAGGGAAUUCUCAAGGAGGCACCAGAACUACAGCCUGUUCAGCAGUAAUAACUACAAGUGGCGGUCCGACGAGGCAGAGGCCCGACACCGUCCUCACCAUCGAGGAAGGAGAUUGAGGAGAUCAGUGAACAGGCGAAACAGACGACAGUGAUCGCCGUGGUUAGGCUAGGUUGCGCCUGCUCACAAUCUGCACAAUUAGGAAUGCAUGACUGUCACUCAUGUGGAGAUGUUUUUUUUUUUACGAAUGAAAAAAGAAAAAUACAUUUGAACAAAAAAAACAAACCCAAAGGAAAUGUGAAAUUUUCUUACCCAUUUUGAUGAUGGAAUCUUGGAAUGAAGUGCCUUUUCAAAGAAUAUUCUGAUAUAGGGACACUAAUUUAUAACAACGCCAAAGUGGAUACCUUCCACUGGCUACUGGAAAUGAAAGAAAAAUAACCUCUCAUGAGUGUGCUGGGGAAGAACUUCGAACCAAAUAGUGCAUUCAUUAGACAGUCCUCUAUUUUAUACAGACUGAAGAUUGUUCAAUUCUUACAUGGUGAAAAAGAUACAGGCAAAUACCAGCUUUUGUGAAAUUAUUACGCUUGUGUUAUGCAAAAGAAUUCAAAACAUUUUCAAAUAGUCUGUGCUACGCAGCUCCUAACGCUGAAAUGAAUCCACAGUAACCAAUACAUCUCCCAUUAAGGUCCUCUCCAUAAUCCGGAAACACAAUUUCAAAGAAAGAGGAUCUAUCCUUGGGUUUAACAUCAAAAGAGCUCCUGUUGUUAAACAUGAUUACUCUAUGUAUUUUAUGCCGUUUUUCAUCCAAGAUUUCAUCUUUACCAGAGGAACGGAGCAGGCCCUGAGACUAUUGGAUGGCACACAUCACUGACCAAUCAGAUUUCAGAUCACUGAAAGAGAAAAGAAACAUGGAGGAUGCCGAGCCAAUCAAUUUAGAGUGCUUGUGAGGUCAGCUUUGAACAAAUAACCAGUUCCUUAUCAUCAGCUGCAGCCUUCAUCCCGUCUCAUCCGUGUGUUGUAAAGAUAAAUAUACAGUUGAAGUCGGAAGUUUAAAUAAACCAUAGCCAAAUACAUUUAAACUAUGUUUUUCACAAU